AUGGCAACACUACACACAUUUCUCAAACGAACAGUCGGUCAACGUUUAUCAAAUAUUAAUAAUUUAGGUGUUACUAGUGGUAAUACAGAUUCAUCAAGUGACACUUCAUUAUCAACAACUGAACGUUUGAAUGAUCAAGCAAACGAUGGAUAUAGUAGUACAUCAACAUUGGGUGUUCUAUCAAUUAAUGGUGAUGACUCUCUCCGACGUCCUUUACUGCAUGUACAUACAAAAAUUCGCCAAAAAGAAUUUCUAUCACGUUUGAUUCAUAAUACAACAGUAAUGAACAUGGAACACGAACAAUCGAUGAACGAUAAUAUUUGUUUACUAGAUAGAAAAUUGCCCAAAGAACUAAUUCUAAGAAUCUUUUCUUAUCUUGAUUAUAAAUCACUUUGUCGGUGUGCACAAGUAUCGAAAUAUUGGAAUACGCUUGCAUCGGAUGGUUCGAAUUGGCAGAGUAUUAAUUUGAAAAACUUUCAACGUGAUGUUGAUGGAAAUGUUCUUGAUCAUUUAAGCAAACAAUGUGGAUCAUUUUUAAAACAGUUAUUUAUUGAAAAUUGUAAAUUUAUCACCGACAGUAAUAUGCGAAACCUUGCCAAUAAUUGUUCAAAUUUAGAACGAAUCAAUAUGAAGCAUUGUACAAAAUUAUCUAAUACGACACUACAUCAUUUGAGUAAACAUUGUUCCUAUUUGGUUUACAUUAAUAUGGCAUCAUGCCAUCUUAUUGAUGAUCAAGGCAUUAAAAUGCUUAGUUCAAAUUGUUCGAAUUUGGAAUGGUGUGAUAUAUCAUGGUGUAUGAAUAUAACAGAGAAUGGUAUUCAGAGUCUAGCCGAGUCAUGUCCCAAAUUAACAGUAUUCAAAGCUGAAGGAUGUACCCAUAUGAAUAAUAAAGCAGCUAAAGAACUUGCAAUAAAUUGUCCCAAACUUUUAUUUCUUGAUAUAAACCGUUGUUCGUCUUUAACUGACGAAGGUCUUUUAAUUAUUGUUGAACAUUGUACUUUACUUGAUACAUUAAUCAUUGCCAAUUGUAGAAACUUAACAGAUAAUAUAUUAGUAGCCCUUGGACAACAUUGCCAUAAGUUAAAGAGACUUGAUGCAACUUUAUGUUCACAAUUUACGGAUGCAGGAUUUUCAGCAUUGACCCAAGGUUGUCCAUCGUUAGAAAGACUUGAUCUUGAAGAUUGUACAGCUGUUACAGAUGAAACUUUACGACAUUUGGCUAAUAAUUGCCCUGAGAUUAAAAUUUUGACUCUUUCACGAUGUGAACAAAUCACGGAUGAAGGCGUUCGUUAUAUUGGUUCAAGCACUUCUGCUCAAGAAAAACUUCUUAUUCUUGAACUAGAUAAUUGUCCAACUAUAACCGACACAUCUAUUGAUCAUCUACUUGCUUGUCAAAAUCUUAAACGUUUAGAUAUCUUUGAUUGUCAACAAGUAACAAAAAAUGGUAUUAAAAAAAUACAAACAUAUUUUCCUGAUUUAAAAGUUCAUGCGUAUUUUGCUCCACGCACUCCAACACAGAAUAAUCAACAUACAACAUCAUGCCCAUUUUGUUGCUGUACAUCAUGUUCAGCAUGUACAUCCUCAUGUUGCACAGUUUCUUGA